UCAAAAAGUAUGUUUGCUAGUGGAAGGAAAUUAUUCUCCAGCUUCUGAGAAAGUGCUGUGGAAUAUGCACUGUUUCUAUGUGGACAAUGUACAACAGAAAAGAACAUGCUGCCAAGUAAAUAUCACCUGCUUCUGAGUAUGUGCCAGGGGUUUGGCGAUGAGUUAAGAGCCAGAAGAGCUGCACUGCCCUGAACUAUUUCCAGCAGAGCCCUGGAGGCUGAUAGCUCCAGAAUGAUUGGAGGAUGGCUCUUCCUUGCCAAACUAUCCCCGGACAACUGGGACAGCCAGACCCUGCGUUUCCCUCCCCUGCACAGCAACAGCUGUAUAUACAGUAGGGACCGGCGCACCCCUAACUGUCACUCCAGUCCUCCUCCUCUGCCAGCAAUCAGAAAACCUCGGGCUCUGAGACUUCAUGGAGAUUAAACACUAUAUGAACACCACAUGGCUCUUUCCAAUGUUAAUAAAAUUGAAAUUCGGAGAGCGACCUCAACCGAAACGGCUCACAAGGGAAGCAAUGCGAAAUUACCUGAAGGAGCGAGGUGACCAAACAGUGCUAAUACUCCACGCGAAGGUUGCGCAGAAAUCAUAUGGGAAUGAAAAAAGGUUCUUUUGUCCUCCUCCAUGUGUGUAUCUCAUGGGCAGUGGAUGGAAGAAAAAAAAAGAGCAAAUGGAGCGGGAUGGUUGCACUGAGCAGGAGUCACAACCUUGCGCCUUUAUUGGGAUAGGAAACAGUGACCAAGAAAUGCAGCAGCUGAACUUGGAAGGAAAGAAUUAUUGCACUGCCAAAACAUUAUACAUAUCAGACUCAGACAAGAGAAAGCACUUCAUGUUAUCGGUAAAAAUGUUCUAUGGCAAUAGUGAUGACAUCGGUGUGUUCCUCAGUAAACGGAUCAAAGUCAUCUCCAAACCUUCUAAAAAGAAACAGUCACUGAAAAAUGCAGACUUAUGUAUUGCAUCAGGGACAAAAGUGGCACUAUUUAAUAGACUUCGAUCCCAAACAGUUAGCACCAGAUAUUUGCACGUAGAAGGUGGUAAUUUCCAUGCCAGUUCACAACAGUGGGGAGCGUUUUACAUUCACCUCUUGGACGAUGAUGAAUCAGAAGGAGAAGAAUUCACAGUGAGAGAUGGCUACAUUCAUUAUGGGCAGACUGUCAAACUUGUAUGCUCAGUUACUGGCAUGGCACUCCCAAGACUGAUAAUUCGAAAAGUAGAUAAACAAACGGCAUUAUUGGAUGCAGAUGAUCCAGUAUCACAGCUCCAUAAGUGUGCAUUUUACCUUAAAGACACUGAGAGAAUGUAUUUGUGCCUUUCCCAGGAGAGAAUAAUCCAAUUUCAAGCCACUCCAUGCCCAAAAGAACCAAAUAAAGAAAUGAUUAAUGAUGGAGCUUCUUGGACAAUCAUUAGCACAGACAAAGCAGAAUACACAUUUUAUGAGGGGAUGGGUCCAGUCCACGCUCCAGUGACACCUGUGCCUGUUGUGGAAAGUCUUCAAUUGAAUGGUGGUGGGGAUGUAGCAAUGUUGGAACUUACAGGACAGAACUUCACUCCAAAUUUACGUGUCUGGUUUGGGGAUGUGGAAGCUGAAACUAUGUAUAGAUGUGCAGAGAGCAUGCUUUGUGUUGUUCCAGACAUUUCUGCAUUUCGAGAGGGCUGGAGGUGGGUCCGACAGCCAGUCCAGGUUCCAGUAACUUUGGUCCGUAACGAUGGCAUAAUUUACUCCACCAGCCUUACCUUUACAUACACACCGGAACCAGGGCCACGGCCACACUGCAGUGCUGCUGGAGCAAUCCUCAGAGCCAACUCAAGCCUCAUGGCUUCCAGUGAAACAAACACAAACAGUGAGGGAAGUUACACAAGCGUCAGCACAAACCCCACCAAUGUCACAUCAUCUACGGCAACUGUAGUUUCCUAACUACUGUUGUUUGUCUGGACUUUAAUUGACUUUUCGUGCUACAUUCAAGAGAACUGAACAAUUUUUGUGGUUUCAUGGGAAAACACUUUUUCAUUUUAGGUGAUAUGAUUUGAACCUUGUUACCUGCAAGUGCUGAUCUUAAAAACAGAAGCCACAAUAAAAAAAGAAAAAACCAACAUCCGAAACAUAAGAACUUUAUUGAAAAUCUAUUUUUCAGCUGUGUUUUUUUUAGUGGGCAAGAAACAAAAAUGUGGCUGGGAUACAUGUUGAGCAAACAUGUAGAAAACAUGAACACAACAUAGUUUUUAUGGACCAAGGAACUUGUAUAAGCUUUAGUAUAAAAGGUACAUUUUCACCAUACCUUUUUUGUAUCACAACAUAUAGUACACUUUUGUUACCAAAUAGUUUAUAUUUUUUUUUUCUCUGAGCUUUUGCUCUGAAGUAUAUUCAGGUUCCAAGCCUGACCAUGCUUGUAUAAUCUAAUUACCAUACUCUUCCAGUUUUAAAAAAAAAAAUAUAUAUUUUUGGUCUGUGGCUGGAACUGUUCCUUUUUUUAAACUGAAGUCUUGUGACUUUUUAUGAACUGAAAUUGUUUUUAUUUCAGCAAGUAGAACCUUGUAAAGGCCAGCAUAUUUUUUUUAAGAUUAUAUGAAGUCUGUGCAAAAGCUUUAAAAAAUGCCUCUGCCUUGCCUGCAAUACAUGCAAUGUAUGUUAACUUUAGUGCUCUGUUUUCAGUCAUUGUUAAUAGUUAUUUCUGUUUUUCUUUUUUAAAUAUGUAUUUAUAGUGAUAAUUCAUGAGGUUCUAACAUUACAUGAGGUUUUUUUUUCCUAAAAGUGGCAUCUCAAGCAGUCAUAUUAAUGAUUGUUCAUGUCACAGGCAUAUGUUGGUGUUUUUGAAGGGUUGUUACUGGGUUACUCCCCCUCUUCCUUGCUCAGUCAUAUUACAUCUGAAAAUGUUUCAGGAUCUGUUCAGGUUUUUCUAAUCUUGUACAUAAUUUGUAUUAAGUGUAAGUUAAAUGUUUUAUUUCAAAAGUGGAAUGUUCCAAAUAACUUCAUUUGGCAGCAUGUCUUCUGUCUUGUUGGCAUGUAACUAAAGUACCAUGAGAAGUAUGUGCUACAAAUGGGAUUGGUAGGUGAUGCCCUUCAUCACUUAAGAAUCACAACAAGCAUGUUUUUCUUCAUACUGUUCAGUAAAUUAGGCCAGACUUUUGUGUAACACUUGUAUUGAGAACGUGCUUUCAUUGUGAAGUGAUCAUACAGUAAUAACUAGAAGUAAAUUUUAUUACUUAGAAAUGGGCAAAUAGAAAAUCGUAAAAGCACUAUGAAGAUGUCAACUCCUCCCAUCCUUGUUUCCUGUGGGUUUCCCUUUCCCUGCCAACAGCUUGUGCAACAUUCAAAUCUUCUCUCCAGCAUAAAUUCAAGGCUCAUUUGCACUUUGACUUUGUUGGUUGUUGCAUUUGUUUUUCAUUUUAACUUUACCAUGUUUUGUCCCUCCUUGCAGAUCUGCCUGCUUCAUUUGUAUUUGAAAGUGUACCCCAGUAGUUCAUUUGUAGUCACAGAGCUAGGCAUAGACUUGUAGGACAAGUUCUGACAGUGUGAUCUUCCUCUUUAAAAGCCAAAAUUUCAUGGUGUGUUCAGCCUUUUCUAUAUCCUGAAGCAAAAGUCACAACUGCUGUGUAAAUGUGAACCUGUGGUUUCCUACAGUGCAUUGCUUACACGCUUACCUGUUGACCAUUUUCAUAGGGUUUUUAUUUCUGACCACUUAUUCCAGUUUCAACACCCACCACCAUUUUAAUGCAUCGACUCUGCGCCGUAUUUGUGUACUCUGACGCUCCAUUCUACUUGUUUGCUUUAGUGCUCCGUUGUGUGUGUGAAAACAAUGUGUUUAAAGGAAGAAAUUGGUUAUAAAGUAUAUUUAGCAAAUAGUAAAAUCAGUGCCACUGUCCUCCUGAAAUGUGCUUAUAUUCUACCACGGGCCUUCAUACUCGUUAUUCUGUACUACGCAACGUGUUCCCGGUAGUCGUGAUGCUGGUUCCUAGCACUAGUGAAUGCUGCCUCACCUCAUCUUCAUUUCAGUGACCAAGGGCAGGAUUCAUUGUGGCCUUAUCUCUGUUUUAAACUGUUUACUGGCAUUUACUUGCAAAUCUGUUUACCUUUGUAUGUGCUGUAACAUUUUGGGUUUUUGGUUUGUGGCAGGAAUCGUUUCACAGUGUUUUUGUUAGAAGCACAAAAAUAUCUUACAGUACAGCUUAGUUCAAGAGCCACAGAUUUUCAUCACUAAUUAGACUGAGAAUUAAAUAAGUUACGUAUAUCAGAUUGAAGGUAUUCAAGAAACCAUGAUACAGACACAGCAGGCAAACCAUAACAAGCCUUGUAACCUUCAAAGACUAUUUAAAAUAGCUUUUCAGAACUUGACACGUGCUUUUAUACUCAUUAUUUUAAUUUUUUUUACAUAUAAAUGCAAUACUUUUUAUAUUCAGUUUCUUUACAUGCGGUAAUUUUGCCCAAUAGCUGUAAUAUCCCUUGACUUGUAAAGAUUUAGCCUAAUAUCUGCUGUUCUACACACUACAGCCAAGUGGGUGAAAAAAGAGCCUAUUCUGCUUACAAGACCAUUUUAAACCACAUUUUUUCAUUUGGCUUGUGGGUCUCUUGUUGCCAGUAGUUAUUCUGUAGUACAGAAAUGGUCUUCCAGGUCCUUACUGUUGUUAGUAUGUCCAGUUGUUCAGAUACAUUAUCUUCCUGAACUUCUUUUCUGUGGGGUGAUAUUGUUACAUAUAUUGGCCUUCUGAGCUGUUAACAAUUUUCAUUAUAUUAACAAUAUCUCAAGAUUUUGAUAAAACUACUUAUAGAGUGUUUCAGUAUGAAACUCUUGUAACUGUUCAAGUCUAGAUGUUAAGUCUGCUGUUAAUUCUGUAUACAUAGAAAUUGAGUCUGUGUUCAGAAUGUUGUUAUAGUUCCAACUAUAGGAAGAAGAAGCAAAGUGAGUGCUCUAAUUUAGCUAUGCCUUUUCUUGUUUUCUGUUGUUUGGAACAGCGUUUCAGAAUUCAACACUAGCAUUGUCUUUAAUAAUCUGCUGCUGAUGUUUUUUCCUAAUUAUUUGGCCUGAGGGCAUCUCACAACUGUGUUAGUAAUGGUAUUCUGUACUUGUUUUCAUUGCACAGACUUACAAAAUCAGAAUGGUUACCUGAAAAGACAUUAACUCAAGACAUAAAUUGAUGAAUUUCCCAUAUAGAAAAUAUUAAUACCUAGUGAAUCAAAUUAUCUGGAAGUAAGCUACCCACUUGUGGAUUACAUGACUUCAUAGAGAUGUCCAUCUUGAAACUAAGAUGCUCUUCAAUUAUUAACCAUAUUACUUACUUACUUUCAAAAGCAGCUGUGUUUAUGAGUACUGAACAAAAAUGUGUACACUUUCCUGUGCCAGACUUUUGACUUUGAUUUCAAGCACUGUACUGUGGGAUUGAGUGGCAGCUUUGUUAGAAAAAGAAGUAUAUUAGGGUUUCUACUUAACCCUUUUAGGACUGAACAAUUUCUUCCCUUUAGAAGCUGUAAAAUAAAUGAGCAGUUCUAACUUUGUAAACAUUCUGUCUGUGUUCAGCACUGCAUUUGCCCCAUCUGGAGGUGCUAUGCUAAUGUCAUUUUUUAAAAUCCUGUAGCAUGUGUAUACAUUCAGUCUUAAAAGGGUUAUUUUUACAAACUGUGCACCUGUAAAGUUUCUUAGCAAUAAAGGUAGAAAAACGAGCAAGUUUUUACCAUAAUUUUGUAGAAUUAAUUGCUCAGUUCCAUAUUUCAUCAAGAAAACCCCUGCAAUAUGGGCAGUUUUGAGGAUUAAAUAAAAGUGAAAUGUAAACCACAUAAAAGCGUUCUUGUCAAGUGUACUCUGUGUGUGUAUGUGCAUAAACUAUCGGGUUUCAUUUCUUUUCUACAAGGCUAAAGAUAAAAUACCAUGUUACUGUUCCUGUGACAAACAUAACUGAGCAUCUGUAUGAUGAUACAAAAGUACUUAUGGUUGAACAGGUGUUGAAACUUGCCACAUUUGUUGGUUUUUUUCCAAUGUUGACCAAGGAAUAUGGGUUUGUUUUUUGUUUGUUUUGGUUGUUUUGUUGUUUUGGUUUUUUUCCCCUAAAUCAACAGUGAGGUCAUCUAUGGAACCAGAACAACACAAGAGACGACCAACCCUGGGAGUGAAAAGUCAUCAGUACUUGUGAGGCUGUGCGCACUGGACUCCACUUAAAUGGGAUAUGGAAUGUCCACCCAAAAAUCUAAAUCGGUUUCAUUUUUGCUUGUAUUAUUGCUGAAGUUAGAUAAGAAACUGUUUUUUAAUAAUGUGUAAAAAAAGUUUCACUUUUUUAUAUAAUUUAUUAAAUAAGAAAAAAUGAACUGUG